GCGCUCUGCUGGAACGCACGGGGCGGAAGUGAUGCGUUUACUUCCUGUUUGGUUGGAAAGCAGCAGCAAAAUGGACGGAGAUGGGCCUCGGAAACUUCCACGGGUUCCAGAGAAUCUUUUGAAGAAAAGAAAGAGGUAUCAGGGGCUGAAAGCGGCCGAAGCAAAGCGGGCGUUGGAGGAGAAGCGAAAGGAACACAGGGGAAAACAGAUCAAGUUCCAGCGUUUGGAAACAUUUGCUAGAAAUUCACGGAGAAAAUUGAGAGAUGAUGCAAGGCUGCGGAGGAUGCAAGUCUUUCAGAAGAAAGUACCAAUUCCAGCCAGUCAGAAGCUAGCAUUUGUCGUGCGCACUGCAGAUAUUAAUGGCGUUAACCAACAAGUUUUGCGGACCCUUGGAAACCUCCGGUUAAAGAACAUUUUCUCUGGAGUGUUCGUGAACUUGAAUGAGUUGAGUGUGGAGAUGCUGAAGGUCGUGGAGCCAUAUGUUGCAUGGGGGUUUCCAAACCUGAAAUCAGUCCGAGAGCUAAUCUUGAAACGAGGAAAAGGAUUGGUGGACGGAAAGAAAGUGCCUCUGACUGACAAUACAAUCAUUGAGGAGAGGAUGGGGCAAUUUGGAAUUAUCUGUCUGGAGGAUUUGAUCCAUGAGCUUUAUACGACUGGAACACAUUUCUCUGAGGUGAACAAGUUCCUUUGCCCCUUCAAGCUGUCUAUUUCUCGUCACGCAGCCGUCAAUAGAAAAGGAUACAGUAAUGAAGUGGGCGACCCUGGGUUUAAAGGCAUUGGCAUAAACCAGCUCAUCCGGCAGCUAAAUUAAAGACAAGGCCACAUCAGAUUGUUUUAGAAUCUGCAUUUCCACUCUCUUCGAGUCGCUCUCAGAUUGACCCAAACUGAACAACUGAGACUCUGUUGCGAUUACUGUCCUCACGAAGAACUUCUGGAGAUGACGCAGUAGGUUUCACUCAAGGAACCUUGCUAUGACCUCCAGACCUUAAUUAAACCAAUUCUGCCAGGACCAUUCUGUAAAGGAAAUUACAUUUUUUUGGAACUUCUCACGUGACAGACCAAAUGUGGUCUUGUGAAUGAAGCCGGUUUCAUUCUUCCGGUGUGUGCCUGCUCUAUGACUUCCCUAUGCUUUAAUAAAGUUCAGAGACUUCGCUUUCCUCAGCGGUUUAUUUUUUUUUAAAUUUUCUAAUAAGACUUAAUUGGGGUAAAUAAAUUAAUAAACUGAAUGUCAGGGUUUCGCGGAUGGAGGUGACCUGCUCAGAUUGUGUAUAUUUGCUGACAUUCUUGUUUUAGAACUUUUGUUAAGCUUUUGUUGGGGUAACCACAGCCUUUGGAUUGAUUGGACUUUACCUUCUGGAAGAGUGGCAUGUCCGUGCCUACAGAGAGAGAAUGAGCAUUUCCAAGAAAUGGGGAAAGGUACAAACACAGAAAAUGACGUUAUUAAAGCAUUUUGACUCUGUUGGACUGUUAUUGAACCUAUUUCUCUAUUGUUUGAGUGCCUUUUUUAAGAAGAACAAAAAACUCACUGAUCAACUUUAGUUUCUGGUAUUCUGAAAUGUCUGUCUUAUCAAUUAGUUCUGAAUAUGUGUGUAUAAAUUACAUCAUCCGUGCAAAACUACCGGUAAUAAACUUUAUUUGGUUCCUUC